GAGAGCCCAUCCUGCAGCCAACUGUCCCUGACAAUUGCAGAAAUUUUGACCCACUUUUUAGCCCGGCAAGCCUCCAGGAUUGUGUAAUUUUGUACUCGUUGCGCAUGUAAUACAUGGCCAGGGCGCCUUGAGCACCUAGCCUACUUUCGCGCCAAUUUGCCACAAAGCAGCUCUUCUGUCGCAGAGGGCCCGGCCGCGGUCCCAGCAACAUGCCGGAUUGGAAGGAGCAGCUAAAGAAUGCGCUGGACGGUGUUAAGUCAGGUGGUGACCGGUGCUGUCGGUGGGCCUCUGCCGGAGGUGGCCGUGCGCGGCGUGGGAAAGCUGGCCCUUCCCAUCGACGCCGGGCAGGCCAAGGACCUCAUCUAUGCGGGCCAGCCCGCGCCCUACGGCAAGGGAACCAACACUGUGCUAGACCCGAACGUCCGAAAGGCAACCCAGAUUGAGGCGGACCGUGUGUGCUUCUCAGAGGGCUGGGAUGCGACCCUGCGCCGUCUUGUUACAGGCGUGGCGACCGCGCUGAGCCUGCCAGGCGGCGGCGCGGGUGUGGAGGCGCGGCUCUACAAACUGUUGGUGUAUGAGGCAGGCGGCCACUUCAAGUCCCACCGCGACACGGAGAAGGAGCCGGGCAUGUUCGGCACCCUGCUGGUGCAGCUGCCGGUGGAGGGCGGCCACACCGGCGGGCAGCUGUCCAUCCGCCAUCUGGGUCGAAAGGAGUCUUGGGACACGGCGGCGCCGCCAGCAGCAGAAACGAAGGCGAAGGGCGGCCGCAAGAGCGCUGGUGGCAAGGCUAGCGGCAGCCAGAGUGGCUCUGCCGGCAAGCAGGCGCCAGCCCUUCAAUAUGCUGCAUUCUAUGCGGACUGCGAGCACGAGCUGCACACGGUCGAGUCCGGGCUGCGUGUGGUCCUCGCCUACAACCUGGUGCGCGUGCAGAAGCCGGCAGCCGCAAAACCUGCGAAGGGGGCUGCGGCCGCUGCUGCUGCUCAGCCAACGAUGGCGCGCCCGGCGAUCAGCGCGGCCUCGCUCAAAGCAGUGACGGAGGCGGUGCGCGCGUGGGAGGCUGCGGCCGCCGCGGCGCAGCCGCUGGUCACUCUACCGCUGGCGCACAAGUACACGGAGGCCAACCUGGACUUUGGCGCACUCAAGAGCGAUGACGGCGUCAAGGUGCAGGCGUUGUUGCAGUGCCCCCUGCUGGACGUGCACCUGGUGCUGAUUUCGAAAACGGUAAUUGGCACCAGCUACAACAGCGGCGCCUGCUACCACAAGCGCCGCCGCCGCCACUUCUGCUGGGGCUAUGAUGACGAGUCGGACAGCGAGGGUUACGAGGACUCGGAGGACAUGGCGGAGACGGCCGUGAUGGACGAGAUCUAUGACACCGACACAGCGACGGGGGCGUGGAUUUCGCCGCUGUUUGGGCGGCUGCAUCAAGGCGCGAGCUUCUACCUGCCCCUGGAGGACAGCAUGCUGGACGACGACGAGGUUUUCCCGGAUGGCCUGGAGCCGGAUGACCGUGAGUACGAGGGCUACACCGGGAACGAGGGCCCGACACUGACGCACGUGUACCACCGCGCCGUGGUGGUGGCGUGGCUGCGCUCGCGCCGGUCGCAGCUGCUGGCCAAGCCCGGCAGCCUCUCCGAUGCCAUCGCACUGGCGGAGCAGCGGCUGGCGCAGCUACGGGGCUCGGGCAGUGGCGGCCGUGACGACACCAGGGCAGUGGGCGCAGCGAGAACCAAAGCGCAGCCGUAUCCGGCAGCGUCCCUGCAGCAAUACCUGCUGCAGCUGGAGGAGCGGCAGCCGCACCCGGUGGAUGACAGCCGCAAGCAGGCGGACGCCAAGCAGGCGCUGCAGGCGGUGCUGGACUGCGCCGCGAAGGAGGUGCCCGUGUGGAUGGGGGGGCGCCCGACUGUGCACAAGGCGCUCACGCUGUUCACCUCACCGGGGGUUGCGCAGCUGUGUGGGCAGCAGUGGCAGCAGCAGGCGUGCGUGCGGGUGGUGCAGAGCCUGACCGCGCCUGCUACAGUCUGGGACCUGACGCAAGAGGGCCUGCCGGCGGCCAUUGCCUCUGCAGCCACUGCGCUCUCGUCGACCGCCUUCAAUGACGCAGUGGCGGACCUGGUUGCGCGGCAGGCGCCGCGGCAGCCGCGUGACUGCUACCGGCUGGUGGCGCAUGAGGCUCUGCCGGCGGCGCUGCGUGUGAGGAUGGUGCAGGCCUUCCGCACUGCCGUCUUUGGCAAUGAGGCUGCCGCAGCCGGCAAUGGUACCGCUGCUGCAGUGGCCGGCGGCAGUGGAUGCCUUGCGCAGAUGCAGGCGACAGAUGUGUGCUUCCUGGCGGGGCUGGUGUUCUCAACAGAGGGCGCCGCGGCAGCGGGCGCAGGAGCAGCCGCGGCGCCCUGCAGCGGCAUGGCGGGCGCCUUCACUGCGGCGGUGCUGCGCCGCGGCGACUGCCAGGCACUGCUGCAGGCGCUGUUGAAGGAGGCGGCGGUGCGACAGGCGCUGUCCACUCAGCCGCCGGAGCCGGCGGCAGUGGAGCUGGUUGUGGCCCGUGCUCGGUACCUCGAGCCGCGGGUGCAGCAAGGGGUCCCCAAGCUCGACUUCUCAAUGCCAAACGCCUCGUGCGAUGAUGCCAGGGUGACCGAGUUCCUUCGCAGCCCCAAUCAGUCACAGAAAUUCGGUGGCUUCGGCUCCAUUGUGGCCGCGCGUCGCUGGGCUAACGCGUACCAGUGUGCUGGCGGCUGCCGUAUGCACGCCGCCGCUGCCGGCUCGGGCCGCAACGCGUUCGUGCAGCUCACGAAGGGCCGCGACAUCUACAACCAACAGCUCGCGCAAUACCAGGCUGCGGUCAAGGAGCUGGCGGAGGUGCGGGCGCUGGUCGGCGCUGCGCCGGCUGCGCCGGCAGCUGGGCUGGCACCGGCUGCGGUGCCCGGGCCGAACGCCGGUGCGGGCGCCGCAGCUGGCCGGGUGGGCGGCGCGGCGGGCAGCGCUCAGGGCGUGGUCGUUCCACGCCAGCAGCAGGCGAACGCGGCUGUCAAGCGCCCGUCUGACGUGGCGGCCGUGGGCGCGGCGGCGCAGCAGCAGCGGCUGCACCAGGCACAGCAGGUGCCGCAGGCGCGCACAGCAGUGGUGCUGGACCUGACUGACGACUGAGCUGGGCCGCGGCUUGUAAGCCUCCGGCCGG